AUGUCACAGAACGAUCCGAAAUCCCGAAAGCGAGGACAAGAUGUCAGCGAAGAGUCUCAGUUCAGCCGCAGCGCUUCUCUCAUGGAAAGAAUGAUGGAGUCCAUUCAGCUGGAAGAGAAGUUGAAUCCCAAGUUGACGCUCAGGCGCUUUCUUUCUGUCCGGUCCAUCAUCUCCACGGCCUCUUCUUUUGCCGAGAGACAGCAAGCCGCUGUUGGUACCCGAUCUCUCUUUAGAUCUCUGGGAGCUGGUACUUGUGGCAGAGUUUAUGAGGUGCCAGGUACUACGGACAUCUUCAAAGUUGCGAAUUACCCUGGACAGGACACAGAUCAGCUGUGGAACGACUACGAAAUGCACAACAAAGUCUCUGAGGUCUUUGAGAAAUGGGGUCGCGACAAAAUAGAAGUCAGGGUUCCCAGACUCAAGUACUUCGUUGGUCAGAGUGACAAAAUCUGGUGGCCAGAGAACCUGGACCGCUUCCCCUCACAAUUUCUGAAGGAGCCUUCAAACUUGCUCUGCGCUGAAAGAAUCCUACCACUCGCAAAGCCGAUCCGAGAGUCAUUAAUUGACAUCUAUGCACCAAAGGAAGCUGACCUCCAGAGUUUCAAGGCUGAUGUUUCCAACAAAGACUGCCUUGUAAGAAUGUACUUGGGAAAGAGAAGGGAAAGGGUCAACAAUAAAUUCUUCCAGCUCAGGAACUUCAACCUUCAUCUCGACCAGAUGGAAGAGCUGGAUCUGAGUAUCUCCGAGUUUGCAUCUGCCAUCGGACAAGCUCUGGCAAUUAUGCACUGGGCUUGUCAUCUGGAUGCCAACGAUGUCGAGUUCGUCCUCGGAUCUUCUCCCGAGCUGGUGGCCCAACCACAUCUGAUCAUCACAAAGCCGUUGUCCACGAAAGCCAUUGCGAACAUGUCACCCAACACUUCCACUUGGGAUGCGCACAUCAAUGACUUCAAGAAGAGGACCACUCACAUGUGGAUGCUGGACUUCAACAGGUGCAAAGUGAUGUCCACAAAUGUAGACGAGAUGCUUCUCCAGCUGGUCCAUUCAUAUUUCAGGAACGACCCUUACUUCCCAAGACCUGUACCUCCAAACUCGAAGGAUGCACCGCUGUGGGAUGUCUUCAGGACCUCUUACGAAGAAACUGCUUCCGACUGCAUCAAGCGAAACUUGAGUCCGUCGGGUUGUUCUGGUCUGCCUCACAGGUUCAUGGACAUGGUGGUGGCUGAGCAACAGAAGAAGGUGUUGAAGAGGUCAACUUGA